AUGGACGGUAAAUAUACACCUGGAAAUGGAAAAAAGAACACAUUGACACCGGUGGCUUCACUUAGCCCAAAACGAGGAAGACAGUUUGCUCCUGGGACACGUUUGCCUGGUGGCGACAGGUGGCGGGACGUGACGGCGGCGGUGUGCUUGAUGAGCUGCCUGGGCAGCGUCGUGGGGAUGUGCGGUGCGCGCACCGUGGCGCAGGCCAUCGCCGACCAGCAGGACGACCUGUUCGAGCUGGUGCUGCGCUUCUUCGCCAAGAAGGUGACCGUUCCCGCCGCGCUGGCGCGCCUGCUGCGCCUCCUCAAGCGCGAGUUGGGCGCCUCGCGUGGCAUGAUCUUCCUACUCGACGACGAGGACCCCAGCAAGGCGCACCUUUUCCGUGAGCCGCUGCAGCCCGGCCCGGAUCUCAUCAAGCGCGACACUAAGGUAUCACUGCCGGAGGAGGCGGGCGCGGUGCUGGAGGCUGCCCAGCGCGUGGAGCCGGUGGUGCUGGGCCCCAAUCAGCUGCGCGACUCCCGCCAGCUGUCGCGCCACCUGCUGCUGAGGGGCCGCAUCCGCGCCGGCGCGCUCUGCCUGCCCCUCUCCGCGCAGCCCGGACACAACGCCUUCGCCGUCGUGCUGCUCGGCGACAAGCUCGUCUCCAGGUCGGAGAAGAGCGAGAGGGGCGCGGAGCUGGACUCCGAGGGCUUCAAAGCGGAGGCCGCGCGUCGCUGGCUGGAGCAGAGCGGCUGCGCGGCGCUGCUGUCGCUGGUGGGCGGCCUGGCGCGGCGCGAGCUGGGAGCCGCGCGGCCGCUGCGGCCCAAGAGCCAGGUGCUGCGCGGCACGCUGAGCCACGCGCUGCGCCCGCACCCCGCCACGCUGCGCGCGCACGCGCACACGCGCCCGCUGCCGCAGGCCUUCCGCGAGUUCGGCUGGGCGCCGCCGCCGCUCGAAGACUUCCAGCACGUCGACGGUGUCCACCUCGUGCUCGCCGCCGCCGAGGACCUGCUCGGCGGCGAGGACGAGAUCGGCGAGCGCUCCGUCUGGAUAGAGCUCGUCUACACGGUGGCGAUGUGCUACCGCGACGUGCCCUACCACAACUUCCGGCUGGCGCUGUCGAUCCUGCAGUGCGUGUACGCCAUCCUGCGGCGCAACGAGGUGUUCUUCACGGACGUGGAGCUGCAGGCGAUGUUCCUGGCGGCGCUGUGCGUGCACCUGGACCACCGCGGCCUCACCGAGCAGUUCCUGCGGGACAGCGACCAUCCGCUCUCCCACAUCUACCCGCCUCCCAUCGUACACAACCACCACUUCGAGGUGCUGAAGAUAAUCGUGGAGCCGCUGGCGGUGUUCCCCCACACGGACCGGCAGCAGCUGCUGGCCGAGGUGCGCUGCUUGCUGCUGUCCACGGAGCUGACUGCCUACUUCCGCACGCGGCGGCGCCUGCUGCGGCUGCUCAAGAGCAACGACUUCUUCUGGAACCAGCCGCCGCACCGCCGCCUCGUCAAGGACGCGCUCAUGGCCGCCGCCGUCCACAGCGCCCUCUGCAGGAACUACCCGGACAACUCGCGCGCCGCCGACCUGCUCGCCGAGGAAUGGUUCCAGCAGGGCGACCUGGAGCGCGAGCUGGGCCUGACGCCGCUGGCUGUGAUGGACCGCGAGCAGGCAGACUCGCGCGGCGGCGUGUCGGCGCAGGACGCGCUGGCGCUGCUGCUGACGCUGGCGCUGACCAACACGCGGCCCAUGCUGCGGCUGGCGCUCGCCACGGCGCGCUACUGGCGAGGCGUCAGCGAGGGCCGUCGCCGCCGCUCCACCGACACCGGCAGGACCUCCGUGGAGCGCGAAAGGGCCCGGCGCUCCACCGCCGCGGGCGCCGCCGCCUGCUCCACGUCCGGGUGCGUCUCCAGCAGGGACCCCCACAGCCCCGUCAGGAUCCGCGACGCCUUCUGGUAG